AUGGCUAGCCCACAGGUUCUCGUGUUCGAUGCUGAGGGCCGCCCUGUGAAGUUUGACACCUGGCUCGAUGACCUGCACCUCUACCUACAGCUCACAGCCAAGGAUGACAUCUCACUGUACGAUCACGCCCUAGGCCAUGUCACUACCCCUGCUGCUACUGCUGACAGCACUGCUCGCUCACAGUGGCAGACUCGUGAUGCCCACGCUCGCUUCGCCAUUCGCAACUCCCUGCCGAUAGACGAACGCGAGCACUUUGGUCAGCACAAGACUGCACAGGCACUGUACACAGCUGUAGUUGCUCGCUACUCCUCACCUGCCUCUGCCGCACUAGGCCGUCUCUCCCUCCCCUACCUGUUUCCCGACCUGGCCUCCUUUCACACAGUCGCUGACCUCAUCACGCACCUCCGUACUAGUGAGGCCCGCUUCCGUGCCGCCAUGCCUGCUGAGUUCCUUGCCACGCACCCCCCUCCACUCUGGCUCACUCUCUACCACCUAGUCACCCGCCUCCCUGACACACUGCGUGCUGUCAGGGACCACUUCCUAGCUCGUUGCCCCACUGAGCUCACCAUUGCCCUCCUCGAGAAGGAGCUACUUGCAGCUGAGACUAGCAUAGUCGUUGUAGGUGCCUCUCGUGGCGACCCCCGUACCUCGUUCUUUGAGGGGUGUUCUCCUUCCCCCCUUCUUCCCUCUGUCGCCUCUGCUGCUGCUGUCGACCUUCUUGGUACAGAGAAGGUCGGCACUGCGUCUGCCUCGAGCGGACGCCGCAGCGGCAAGGGCAAAGGGGGCAAGGGUGGUGGCGGUGACGGCGGGGGAGGCGGCGGUGGGGGCGGUGGAGGCAGUGGGGGUGGUGGCUCGGCUGGAGGGGCGAGUGGUAGCGGUGGGGGUGGUGGCGGCAGCGGCGGGGGAGGUGGCAGGAGUGGAGGCGGCGGUUGGGGUGGCGGUGGACGAGGCGGCGGCAGGGGUUGGGGUGGUCGAGGAGGUGGCACCGGUGGUGGUGGCCGUGGAGGCACUGGCGGUGGCCAGGGCCAGCAGCACACUCCCUCGCCCCAGGAGGUCCGUGAGUGGUACUCUCAGCACGGGGGUGGGGGUGGUCUUAGCUGCACGUACGUCAUUCGCACUAGUGACCGCAGUGGUCAGCAGUGUGGACGACCGCACGCCACACAGCGCUGCUUCUCUCGUCUCGACGACGCUUGGCGUGUUCAGUUCCCUCAGGCCACUGAGCUGCCCCGCUGGCUUGAUCUCCUGAAGAAGGGGAUUGAUAUCUAUGCUCUAGACUUUGAUGCUAUUCUAUCUGCCAUGUAUGUGAUGUCUACUAGUGGAGAGGGUGCUGAGUACUUGUGUGUGCCGCCCGACCCGGGCAUUAGGGCCAGUGCGUCUGCCGCUCCAGGUACUCGCAUGUCGGCUACCCCAGGUGCUGGUGAGGCUGCUGCUCUCGGUGCUCGUGUGUCUCCCCCCCUUGGUACUGCGUCGACUGCCGCACUGCACACCUUCACACUGGACUCAGGUGCUUCUUUCUGCUUCUUUCGUGACCGCACUGCCCUUGAGCCGCUUGCUCGGCCAGUUGCUGUCUCCCUUGCUGACCCCUCUGGGGGUCCGGUCAUUGCGACCUCUUCCACUGUCCUUCCCUGCCCUGCGGUCCCGUCGGGCACACUGUCAGGUCUCCACCUCCCCUCGUUCUCUACGAACUUGGUGGCAGGAUGUGCACUCCAGGACGGGGGUGUUCACCAGUUCACCCCUGCCUACGAGCGCGUGACACACUGCACGUGUGCUCGUACGGGCCGUCACUUGGUUACCUUCACUCGGCAGCCGGGGUCGGACCUGUACACACUGACUACUGAGUCCCCUCAGGUUGCUGCGACUGUGUCCGCGUCCGCGUCAGGUCAGCUAUCCGCCCCCUGCUCGUGUCGCUCUUUGGCACACGAGACUGUCCUCUGGCACCACCGCCUUGGCCACCCGUCUCUGCAGCGGCUUCGUGCCAUGCACUCCCGGUACCUUGUCUCUGGCCUGCCCAGGGUCCUUCCUGCCCUCCCACCCUCGCCUGCUCCUACCUGUCUCCCCUGCGUCGAGGGACGGCAGCGCGCCGCUCCUCACUCCUCCUCGUUCCCCCCGACGACUGCUCCCUUGCAGACACUCCACAUGGACGUGUGGGGCCCAGCCCGCGUCCGUGGUCAGGGUCAGGAGAGGUACUUCCUGAUAGUUGUUGACGACUACUCGCGCUACACCUCGGUCUUCCCCUUGCGCACCAAGGGUGAGGUCCCUGAUGUCUUGAUCCCUUGGAUCCGCAGAGCCCGUCUCCAGCUCAGCGAGCGUUUUCACUCGGACUUUCCUGUCCUGCGCUUGCACUCUGACAGAGGUGGUGAGUUCUCCUCCGACCUCUUGGCAGCCUACUGUGCUGAGCACGGCAUUGAGCAGUCGUUCACGCUUCCGGCUUCUCCACAGCAGAAUGGGGUUGCGGAGCGCCGCAUUGGCCUGGUCAUGGAGGUCGCCCGUACCUCCUUGAUCCAUGCGGCUGCCCCCCACUUUCUGUGGCCGUUUGCGGUCCGGUACGCUACGCAUCAGCUCAACCUCUGGCCCCGUGUCUCCUUGCCGGAGACCUCGCCCACGCUGCUGUGGACGGGGGAGGUUGGCGAUGCGUCGCGUUUUUGGGUCUGGGGAUCUCGAGCUUUUGUCCGCGAUUCGUCUGCGGACAAGCUCUCCUCCCGUGCUGUUCCCUGUGUCUUCCUCGGCUUUGUCCCGGACGCGUCUGGUUGGCAGUUUUACCACGUCACCUCGCGCCGAGUCUUGCCCUCCCAGGACGUCACUUUUGACGAGUCCGUCUCCUACUACCGCCUCUUCCCCUACCGCACUGCCCCGCUCCCCCCCCCGCCUCUCUUCCUCGCGCCAGGUGCUGCUGUUGCAGACCCCCUCCCCCCUCAGGGUGCCGCUCCCUCAGGUGUGUCUCAGGUAGACCCGGUUGAGCCUGUUGAGGUAGACGUCGACUCUCGUCCUGCUGGGGGUGCUGAGCCUGGGGGUGCUGAGCCUGGGGGUGUGGAGCCUGGGGGUGUGGAGCCUGGGGGUGUGGAGCCUGGGGGUGUGGAGCCUGGGGGUGUGGAGCCUGGGGGUGUGGAGCUUGAGGGUGCUGAGCUUGGGGGUGUGGAGCCUCGUGGUGCUGAGCUGCGGAGUCUGGAGUCUGGGGGUUCUGAGUCUGGAGGUACUAGGCCUGGGAGUCCUGCACCUGGAGUAGCCCUCUCCUCGGAGCAGCUGCGUGCGUGGUACUUAGAGUACUGCAGCCUCCGGAGAGGUACCGCUCGAGCCGGACGUACUACUGGGACUGGUGCUAGUGCUUCUUCUCCCGUUCGGGAGCUCCCCUCCCGCGAGCGGAUCCGUGAGUGGUACGAGCGGCGCUGCACUCUUCGGAGUGGCGUGCCUCAUGUUACGGACCCCGCUACUGUUGGAGCUGCUGCUGGUGCUGAGGACCCGAGCGUUGGAGCUACUGCUGGUGUUGAGGACCUGGGCGUUGGAGCUGCUGCUGGUGCUGAGGACCCGGGCGUUGGAGCCGCUGCUAGUGCUGAGGACCCGGGCGUUGGAGCUGCUGCUGGUGCUGAGGACCCAGGCGUUGGAGCCGCUGCUGGUGCUGAGGACCCGGGCGUUGGAGCUGCUGCUGGUGCUGAGGACCCAGGCCUUGGAGCUGCCGCUGGUGCUGCGGACCCGGGUGUUGGAGCUGCUACUGGUGCUGAGGACCCGGGAGUUGGAGCUGCCGCUGGUGCUGAGGACGUGGGCGCUGGAGCUGCUGCUGGUGCUGCGGACCCUGGUGCGGGUGUCCCUGCUGGCUCUGGUGUCGCUGCUCGGUCUCGGCCGUACUUUGUUCCACUCCUUCAGCAGGUUCUUGGUCAGCUUCCUCCUCCUUUUCCUCCUCCCUCCUUAGCGUGUCCUCCGCCUGUCCAGCUGCAGUCGGCGUUACCGUCUGCCUCCUCUCUCCCUGGUCCUGCUCCUUACACUGGUCCGACUGGAUGUCUUACUGAGCGGCGUGAGCCUACGUCUCGUCCUAUGUCGCCUGAGUCUCGUCCUGAGUCGCCUGUCCGCACUGCUCUCUCUAGUACUCGUGUCCAGCGUCAGCGUCUUCCUACUGUCCCAGGCACUCACCGGAUAGCGCUUCGUCCGUCCACUGCUCCACAGCGUUUCCCACUGCCGUCUCCUCCUGCUUCCUCUCUUCCUGCUCUUGCUGACCCUGGGUCAGACUCUCUUCGUGCUACCAGUCCUACUGUCACGCGUCUCCUGGCUACUGUUGUCACUGACCCUUCCUUUGAGUCUGCUGCUACGUCUGCCUUAGUUGCUGAGCUUGUCGACUUUGCUGCUCGCUGUCGUCUAGACUAUGCUGCUAGCCUAGUUGCUGAGUCUGAGUCUGUCUGUCCUCCGUCCGUCGGGGGUGAGUGUGCUCUUGGCACUGACGUCCUUGAGGACAGGCACGAGGAACAUCCCGACCCCACGCUCUUAGCAGAGGCGAUGGCCGGUCCCUACUCCUCUCAGUGGCAGUCAGCCAUGGACACAAAGAUGGCUUCCUGGAAGUCCACAGGCACCUACGUCGACGAGGUUCCCCCACCUGGGGCGAACAUCGUCAGUGACAUGUGGAUUUUCAGGGUGAAGCGGCCGCCGGGCUCUCCGCCUGUCUUUAAGGCGCGUUACGUUGCACGAGGCUUCAGUCAGCGAGAGGGAGUUGACUUCUUCCAGACCUUCUCCCUGACCCCGAAGAUGACCACUCUUCGGGUUCUGCUGCACGUCGCCGCUCAGCGUGACUACGAGCUCCACUCGCUUGACUUCAGUACUGCUUUCCUGCAGGGCAGCCUGCACGAGAUCUGGGUGCGCUGUCCACCUGGCUUCACUGGGUUGUUCCCUUCUGGUACCCAGUGGAGCCUCGGACGGCCAGUCUACGGUCUCCGCCAGGCGCCUCGUGAGUGGCACGACACACUGAGGACUACGCUUGCGGCUCUUGGGUUCGCGCCUUCUACUGCUGACCCGUCGCUGUUUCUACGCACCGACACCUCACUGCCGCCGUUCUACGUCCUUGUGUACAUCGAUGACUUGGUCUUUGCUACUGCUGACACUGUGGCACUCGCCCACGUGAAGUCGGAGCUGCAGAAGAGACACACGUGCACAGACCUGGGUGAACUGACAAGCUAUCUUGGCUUGCGGAUCACCCGGGACAGAGCACGCCGCACCAUCACCUUGAAUCAGUCACACAUGGUGCAGCAGGUCCGUCAGCGCUUCCGCUUCACGUACUCCUCGCCUCAGCCCACUCCUCUGCCUACUGGUCACUCGCUCUCAGCUCUGCCUUCAGAUGAGUCCGUAGAGCCGAGUGGCCCGUAUCCAGAGCUUGUGGGUUGCCUCAUGUACCUGAUGACCUGCACUCGACCAGACCUUGCAUACCCUCUCAGCAUUCUUGCACGCUAUGUCGCUCCCGGCCAUCACCGGAAGGAGCACAUGGAUGCAACUAAGAGGGUGUUGCGCUACUUGUGCAGUACGUCGGGCAUGGGACUAGUGCUUGGAGGGCGAGUCCCAGUUGUUCUCACUGGGCACUCAGACGCUUCUUGGGCAGACGACCAGGCUUCUCAGCGGUCGUCUCAGGGUUACUCCUUCAGUCUUGGCUCUGGUUCUGUUUCUUGGUGUUCUACUCGCUCUUCUUCUGUUCUCAGCUCCAGUUGUGAGGCUGAGAUCUACGCCACGGCCAUGGCUGCCCAGGAGCUUCGCUGGCUCACCUACCUGCUGACCGACCUUGGAGAGCCACCUCGUUCUCCUCCAGUGCUGUACGUAGACAACAAGGCAGCCAUUGCCUUGUGUGAGGAGCAUAGACUGGAGCACAGAACGAAGCACAUUGCUCUGCGUUACUUCCUUGCUCGAGAGCUGCAGCAGCGUGGUCAGCUUCGCCUGCGUUACGUGGCCUCUGAGCCCAACACUGCUGAUGUGUUCACCAAGGCGCUUCAGCCUUGUGACCAUCAGCGCUUUUGCACUCUUCUAGGCCUUGUGCCUACUGGACCUCACUUGCUUACUUCUUGA